CCCUAAAACAAUUUUUCUUGCCUCAAAAAAUUCUGUAUUGGUGGGACCUUUGAGUUUUGAAGCGGGAAGACCGAAGAUGAACGAAGCAGCAACUUACAUGUAAGUAACGCUCCUUCUUCUACAAGCUUCUCUCUCUGUCUCUCACUCUCUCUCUCUCUCUGCCUUUUCCACCCAUGGCUCGAAACAAGGAAGCGUUGCUUUUGCUGCUUGAUGUGGGCCCGUCAAUGCAUCCCGCUCUUUCUGAAAUUGAGAAAGUCUGCUCCAUGCUUGUGCAGAAGAAGCUGAUCUAUAGCAAAUAUGAUGAAGUGGGAAUAGUCUUAUUUGGAACUGAAGACACUAAUAAUGAACUUACUACGGAAGUGGGUGGGUAUCAACAUGUUGUGAUUUUGAAAAAUACUUAAGUUGUGGAUGGAGAUAUUGUUGAGGCUUUACAAUAACUGCCUCGAGGUACAACUGAUGGUGAUUGUAUCCAUGAAGUUCUUGGUUUUAAUACAAUAAAUUUUUUGGUUUUAUAUUAUGCUAGUUUUUACUUGUUUAUUGUUAUCUUUUUUUUUGAAACAUUUUUCUCAAAAUAUUACAUGAUUUUGAGUUUUCCCUGCAUUAAAAUAUUCACAUGUUUCCUUCUGACAAAGAGUAUUUUCUUUUGCAAGUUCUUUACUUUUAGAGUAUGAGAUCUCAGACAUUUGUGUUUCUGAUUACACGGUAUUACUUAAUGCCAUUUAUCUUUCAUUUGAGUUCUUUUAUUUUCCUUUUCAAAUAAUUAGCUACAUAUCUCUAAAUCUUCACAUAAACAAAACCUCUAUUUCUGUUGUACAAUUUGUUUGCUUUCUUUUUUGAAGAGUAACUAUUUUUUUUUUAAAUUUUUGUCAACUAUUUUUUUUUUGCAUGAUUUGUAUAUUUAGAUUUUCCUGAAAACCAAUAUGUUUGUGUUAUUAAAAUCAUGUAAUGUAAUCAGUAGCAAAACUUUAUAAGAUUAAUUAUUAAAUUUUCAAGAGGAAGUUGAUCCUUUCCUACUGCCAUUGAUUUGACCUCAUCAGCUCACUUUUACCCUUUUUUGUAUUCCUUGAC